AGAGUGGGUACUUUGCUGAUGAUUACACCUUGACAUAGGAUAGAUUCCAAUUCCGCGUCAAUAUGGCGCGGCUCUCGCUGGCUUUGCUGGCCACUUGCGGCCUCUUGGUCCAGUCAGCGUUUGGCUUCUACUUGCCAGGAGUGGCACCCCAGGACUUUAAGAAGAAAGAUGUGCUCUUCCUCAAGGUCAACAAGCUGUCCUCAAUCAAGAAUCAGCUGCCAUAUGAGUAUUACUCGCUGCCCUACUGCCGGCCUGAGAAGAUCGUUCAGUCUGCCGAAAACUUGGGCGAGGUGUUGCGAGGGGACCGUAUUGAGAACUCACUUUACCAGAUUCAAAUGCGCGUAGACGAGCAGUGCAAGGUGCUCUGCCGCAUCGAUUCCCUGAGCAGCCUACAGGCCAAGGCCUUCAGGGCUAAGGUGGAGGAUGAUUACAGAGUUAACAUGAUCCUCGACAACUUGCCGGUGGCAAUGGUCAAGAUGCGGAAGGAUGAGAGCUCCGGUUCAUUGGUUAAGACUUACGAGCGUGGGUUCCCAGUCGGUUUCAAGGCGUCGCUUGAGGGCAAAACGGAGGUGAAAUUCUUCCUGCACAAUCACCUUCGCUUCACAAUUUUAUACCAUAAGGACGCGACAACCGACCUAGCACGGAUAGUGGGCUUUGAGGUGGAGCCCUUCAGCGUUAAGCACGAUUAUGAGGCGCCAUGGGAUAAGACCAGUCCCGUAUUGAACACCUGCAACCCGGGCCGGAUGAUCUAUGUCACACAUAGCCUCGAGCCGCAGCCAAUUCAGGAAGGUGUCGAGGUCAUCUUCUCGUACGACGUUAAGUUUGUGGCCAGUGAGAUCCGCUGGGCAUCCCGCUGGGACACGUACCUCCUCAUGAUGGACGACCAAAUCCACUGGUUCUCUAUCAUCAACUCGGUCAUGAUUGUCUUGUUCCUGUCGGGCAUGGUCGCUAUGAUUAUGAUGCGGACGCUGGCACGUGACAUUACGAAGUACAACCAGCUGGAGGCAGGCGAGGAUGCUCAGGAAGAGACCGGAUGGAAGCUGGUGCACGGUGACGUGUUCCGACCGCCAACCCACUCAUCGUUGCUGGCAAGCUAUGUUGGCACCGGUGUGCAACUCUUUGGUAUGAGCCUGGUGACCAUGAUCUUUGCACUUCUGGGCUUCCUGUCGCCCGCUAACCGUGGCGGCCUGAUGACGGCUAUGCUGAUGAUGUUCGUCUUUAUGGGGCUGUUCGCUGGUUAUUUUUCGUCACGCCUUUACAAAAGUUUCCGCGGCGAGGAGUGGAAGAAGACGACCUUGCGCACAGCUCUGAUGUUCCCCGGCGUCUGCUUCUUUGUUUUCUUCUUGCUGAACCUGCUGAUCUGGGGACAACGUUCAUCUGGCGCUGUUCCUUUUGGCACGCUUUUUGCCUUAUGCUUCCUGUGGUUCGGUAUUUCCGUGCCUUUAGUGUUUGUGGGUUCGUAUUUCGGGUACAAGAAGCCGGCUCCUGAGGAUCCUGUGCGCACUAACAAGAUUCCCCGUCAGAUUCCUGAGCAGCCAUGGUACAUGAACCCCGUCUUCUCGUGCCUGGUGGGCGGUGUGCUGCCCUUUGGAGCCGUCUUCAUUGAGCUGUUCUUCAUCUUGACAUCGAUGUGGCUCCACCAGUUCUAUUACUUGUUCGGGUUCCUGGCUCUGGUCUUUGUCAUCCUCAUCAUCACCUGCGCGGAGAUAACCAUUGUCCUGUGCUACUUCCAGUUGUGCUCGGAGGAUUACCACUGGUGGUGGCGCGCAUUCUUCACGUCGGGAUCGUCGGCCCUGUACCUGUUUGCGUACUCCGGUUUCUAUUUCUACUCCAAGCUGGACAUUACUAAGACAGUACCAAUGCUUAUGUACUUCGGGUACAUGUUAAUCGUGUCGUAUGGUUUCUUCUGCCUUACCGGCACAAUUGGCUUCUACUCGUGCUACAUUUUCGUGAAAAAGAUUUAUUCUGCUGUGAAAAUUGACUGAGGAUGUGCGCGAUCAGCGCCCACCCACAUUAGAGUGUAGCUAGGAGGACUGCGCCUGGCGCGCAAUGCUUAGUUAGUGGUGUGAAAGAGAUUGUUGCGUGAGCGCAUCUUACAGCCUGACGGGGAGUUUUUAAGGCAAGCUAUCGGAAUCAUGAAAGCAUGCUUUUACGUGUGGCAGUGUGGACCGGGGGUACAGCUGUGUCGCAAGUCGACCUGGGAUGUGGACGACGCGCUAAGUUUGUCCUGGGGAACUGUCAUUGGGUUCACUUAGGACUGCCCCUUGCUUCGGGGCAUACAACGGCUUUGCACUAAUGUGACUUGUUGCAUUUAUGCAGCGCGUACAUUAUGACAGGUAUGAUCGUGACGAGCGGAAGGAUCGGUGAAACCGUGCUGGUGUACACUAGCAGGCAGGUUCUGCAAACACGGUAUAACGGUCGGCUUUUUCAGCUUUUUGUUCUUUUGCUACGGGGAAGGUCCACUGUAAAUCGAGUGGAUUUGAUUUGACUGCUGAGCCGCGACAACCUUGGUAAGGAUCCUUCCUGCACGGGAGAGUACAUCGUUAGUGCCAUCGUCGGAUUCCUUUCAUAUGUUCAUAAGCCCAAUAACGCCUUAAGUGUGACCCAUUUUGCGAACCUCAUCGACCCAUGAACAGGGAGGCAUGCGAAAGUUAGGGCCGCCAGCCUCAAGAAGUGCGAUAUGCUACUGCUCCCAGUUCUGCAACGAGGUGACAUGCUUGCUUCGGCAACUCUGCAUGUUACGAUGCUGUUGUUGGGGUCGAAAUGCCAGCGACGCCUAGGGGUACGUAAAGUAAAUUGGGAUUGUAUGAGACAGCAUGCUCUCGCCUGUCCAGGUUGAAUGUUAGCACUAAAAUAGCUGUACACAUGGGCAUGCCUGUAAGACAAACAUCCU